AUUAAUUAUGCUAACAAGAAUUACAAGUAUUUCCGGUCUAUUUUUGGUUGGUAUCAUCUAAGCACACCAGGUGUUUGAGGAAAUGUGUGAAAGAAAAAAAUGAUUUGAUAAGAAAAUAAAACAGUCGUUUGUCUAGACACGGUGCAAAUUCCUAUAUGCAAAACUAGAGAGGAGGAGAAAAAAGAAUGACACCAAAGUGUAGGAUUUGGUGGCCAGAAUUUCUUUCAUCGACUGAACCAUCUUCUUCAAGUCAUUUAUUAUUUGGUUGGUUCAUUUCUUGCUCUUCUACUUGCAUUGAUAUUGUUGUAGCUUUCUCUUGCGAUACGGGUUCGUUAUCCGGCUGCCAAUCUAGCCUUCAGGAGAUCUUGUCUGAUACAAAUAGGAACAUGCCUCUACUUCUGCAGAAUAAAUCAGUUUUUGCUCUGCUAGGUGAGGGUGCCGCUUACCCUCCUAGUAAUGGAAAAAUGGUAAAGGUUGGGAUGGGAGGAGAUAGUCAGAGAAGCACUAAUGGCAGUCCUUCAGCAACAAAUGGACAAGAUGUAAUAAGAGAAAAUCAUGGAGGAAGGAGUUGUGGGUGCCAUCAACCUGACGGAUUACAGGAAAAGAAUUCGGAAGCUUAUGAUGAAGAUAGCUGUUGGAUCCAUCUGGUAUAUGAUUUUAAUGAACAAUAUGGUAGAGACAUUCAUAGGCUUCCUAAGUUGCAUCACAUCCAUUGGAAUGGGCAAAUACUGUCACAAUUCGAUGUCCACGUAAUUGCUUAUGAAACUCCUAUAUAUGGCUUGCACCAUUUUUCACUAAAUUCUUGGAAUCUAUUUGAGCAAGUUAAUGCUCCAAUGAAGAAACCCAAAUGGGUUGAUGAACUUGAAAGGAACCGGCAUCUUUUGGAUUUGGAUACUGUAGUUUUGGCAAUCAAUUGUGCAACUGCUGCUGCUAAAAUAGUUAUUGACAAACACAUGGACUCUAAGAGAUCAUAUGCUAGUUUCUCAAUCAUCUAUUUGUCUACCGCCUUUAUUCGGCAUGUAUUUGCCAUUUCAGCUGCAUCAGUGUCUACUUUAUACUACGUCGUUCUCCAGUUAAUAUGCAAUUUUUCACACAUGGGAUGUAAAACAGAGAUAUAUAAAGCGUUAGCUAGGAUAUUGUGUACUACAUGUACAAAUAUCCAAAUCCGUUGUUGUCAGUUCUCAUAUUGGCCUAUUUUUCUUCAAGACAAUGGACUUAGGUCGCAAUCAUGUGUGGAAUUUGAAGAGAAUGCUGCUUUCCUCAGACAUUCCAUGUGGUCAAGUUUAGUUGUUGAUCUUCUUUUAGGCAAUUUAUUUGGCCUGCCAUUGUUAUUCAAUGCAGAAUCUGCUUACUUAUGGCUUUCUACAUUAUCAAGAGACAUUACAAAUGACUUGUUACGUUCUGGAUGUGUGUGGUUAAUGGGAGUACCAGCAGGUUUCAAGUUGAACACGGAGCUGGCAGGAGUACUUGGCAUGAUUUCUCUCAAUGUAAUACAGAUUUGGUCCACCCUCUGGACCCUUGCUGGUUCUCUUUUGAUUUAUUUCAUCAAAGGAUUUGCUGUAUUUGGUAUUAUUUUCGGGGCGACCAUUCCUGCUGCUUUGGUGAUGGACAUGAUUUCUCUAGCAACGUUCCAUCUGUCAAUUCUUCACUGUGCAAUGUCACUCUUGUACUCAUGGCAGAUUCAGGCAUUAGCUGCCUUGUGGCGUCUUUUCAGGGGCCGAAAAUGGAAUCCUCUUCGUCAUCGAUUAGAUAGCUAUGACUAUACAGUGAAGCAACAUACUGUUGGAUCUCUUCUGUUUACACCGCUUCUACUUUUGUUACCAACAACCUCGGUUUUCUACAUCUUCUUUACCAUUUUGAAUGCAACCAUCACCUUUAUUUGUGCAUUCUUUGAGUUAUCUAUAUCAUUGAUUCAUGGGACACCUUAUAGCAAAAUUUUACUUUGGCUGGUGAGGCGGAGAAGGUUCCCCUCUGGGAUAUGGUUUGAAAUUGUUUCUUGUCAUAUUGGUUCUCUGGAGAUUGUAUUUCCUGACAAGACCGGUUCAUCACAUGAUAAUUCACAAAAGGAUAUGGAUACAGCUGAAGAGAGAUCUACUAUUGUGGUUUCAGCUCUUCACAGUAACUUCUUGAGCUUAGGAGAACUCGUCUUUCCUCACUAUAAGAAGAUCUUCUCUGGAGUUUUGAGUUUUGUCAUUUCUUCAGCACAUGGAGCUCUUAUAGGCACAAGAACCUCAUCCACUUUGGGAACGGGACUUCCUCCGAUAUACCCACGUAUGAUUAUACCAGGCAAGGAAUAUUGGUGCCUCUGUUAUAACUCAAUUCUUUCUUGCACUACAAAACAUGAUCGUCACUUAGGUCAAUGAUUUGGUACCCUUAGUGUUGAGUUUGAGCUUAUGAAUCCUGCAACAAUUCCUUCAAUUCGUUUUUUGUAUUGAAAUAUUUUUGCGGAUAUACUCGGUGCUUAGAUGGUUUGUGCGAGUGAACAGAUAUUCGAAAGUCACUGUCAGAAUGUGCAUCUUUGACAGUAUUUGGUAGUUUUUACAUGAAUUUUCUGUACAGAAAAUAUGGCUAUCUCUAAUUCGAUCUUGCAUACUGUUCUGGUCAUGUUGGCCGUUAAACUUUCA